AUGGAACAAGUAAAUAAUCACGAUGGGGGAAUGCAGAACCUGCGCAACGGUAUCGCUCCGAUCGAGAACGGUUCGCUUCACUUCAUAACAUCCGCGCCAAUCAGCAGUAGUGCACGGGAACAGGAGUACAUAGAAUCGACGCUGCUCGGCACAGAUCUGCUGUCCAGCCAGUUGCCGACGAAUUUGCUCACCGAUUACAUCACGCCCGUUCCCUGUAGCACUGGUAGCGCCAUCGGUGGCAUUCAAUCAACGUUACUAGAGCACCACUACCGGCCGUUCACAUCGGACGAAUUGCAAUCGCUUGUAGAUGGCAGCGUAAUCCAAGCAAUGAACGACGUUACGCACAGAAAGUUAUUUCAACAGAUCCCCAAUAAAGCGACUGCCAACCCGUUAGCACCAAGCAAUGAAGCGGCAGUGAUUGUGACCAGCAGUUCAAGGGAUAUACCCAGCUUUGGCACGAUCAGCUCGUAUGACAAAAUGUUGGAUGUUGCCCAGCCUAGUUCCCCCUUAACUGGUGGAUUAGCUCAAAUUGCCGGCGCCAUCGAUGGCUACGUACAUUUCUCGCUGUCGGCACAAUUACACGCAACCGGGUCGGGAUGUGAAGCGUAUGAUAUGGUGGGAAACUCUCUCGGGACGACCCAUCACCAUCAAAGCCAGCAGCAACACCAGCAACACUAUGGCCUUCAACAUCUUCAUCAUCAUAAUCAACAUCACUCUCAUCAUCAGCAACAGCACCUCGGUCAACACCCGGUGAAUCAUAAGACCAUUACCGACCUAGUAAACUGCCCACCGCAAGAAGCUUCAGCGCAACAGUCACAAAAUUUGCUGUCUCUUGAACAACCGCAUACCUCACUUUUAUCGUCCGAAGCUGCUCCGUUGAAAGAUUUCAACAAUGCCACCAUUCCCGUCACCUCGGAGCCGACUAGUGUGCAAAAUGUUGCUGCAAUGACUAUUCCACCGCUGCGACCCAGCGAAUCGUCUAAACGGUUAUAUUUGUGCCCACAACCUGCAACGCUUAAAGAUCGAUCGAACGGUCAAAUGGUGGAGGGAGCGGCGGUCGUAAAAGACACUGGAGCUUCCGUACUCGAGUGCGAACCACGUACCGACGAAGAAGAAGAUGCCGAUAGCUUGGUGGAGCAAGCAUCGCACACCGUUGCAAAUGCGUUGCCCGAAAAUAUCAACCUGCCACAUAAAAAAAGAUUAACCAAAAAAUUGGGCGAUCCUAAGGAAAAUGUGAGUGCAGAGAUUAAUCAUUCCGUUGUCACAUCGCACGAACCAGCACGCGGAACGGUGAUUGCGAACGAAGCGGUGAAAAACGAGCGAAUGAUGCAACGUCAACCACCAGUUUUACCGCAGCCUCAAAAUACGAAGCCCAGUGCAGAAGACUCUGUUGAAACGGUACCUUUGCCGGAUCUUCCAGGCAACACUUGCUUUAGGUGUCAACUGUGCGGACAAAUCGUACGGGAUCAGUUGGUGUUCUUUAACCAUCUAAAGGAACACUACGAGCCGGAGGGUUUCGGGCAGGAUAGUAAGAUAGAGAGCGAUCAUGCAAAGAGUGCAACAACUAAUCAGCUGGCCAUCAGGUGUACAGGAGAGCAACUGAUUGCCGAGAGCAAAAAACCUAAACCGAAGCUACCCCGCGUGAAGCACACAAAAAAACUAAAAAACGAUCGUACGUUUGAACAAUCCGAAAUGGAAGUGCCGCAAAAGCAGCAGUACGAUGACGCAACGGAAAUAUCGACUCGCGAACAACCAAAGCGGCAAAGUGCACCACAAUUUUCGAAUAUGGCUCAAAACCUGUUUGGAAAUGCAAAUACUAGUACGGUGCCGAUAGAAAAUGGAGGAGAGUUUAGCGAAACCGAAGACAUGCUCGAAGGCAUACGAAGUGUGGUUCAAGAAACCGUAGAGAGAGCCGCUAGCGAAGAUAUAAAUCUUAAUGUUGGCGUGAAACAGUGGUUUACAUCUGACGGUGUCGGACAGAGUGUAGAAAAUGUGAGUAGGGCAGCAAUGGUAACAGAACAAAUUGCCGAGAAGGAAAUGAUCACGUUCGUUGACGCAAGUGUAGCCGGACAUGACAUACAAAUCCAAAAUGAGAGCCAGAGCUUUGUGCUGUUCCUCAACAAGUCACAGUUCAACGACAGCGAUCUCCUUGAACCUCUAUCAUCUGCCAAUCACGAUUCGCUGUCAGCAUGCACAAUGGCAGAAAGACCUGUCCAGCUUGUUCAGUUGGGGAUGAAUGAAAGUAAACGGCACUAUGCAUCACCACAGCCACAACUGGAUGUUGAUCACGAUCGCGUUGCUGCUCUGCCGACCGUACCGUUUGCAACCAAUCCGAACGCUGCUCGAGCGCUUGACCAUCCAACCGAAUCGCUGAUGAUUCCUUCCAUAGUGCAAAUUCCAUCGAAUCAAGACGAUGCGCUGCUACCAACCGUUCCGUUCCACAAUGCCACACCUGUGUCACCCGAUCUGAAGAAUGCCAAGGUACUUAAUGACGAACAGAAGUCCGAUAACGAUUUCGAUGACGCAAACGAAGGGUUGCAAUACUCUCGUCACGAGUUUGCAGACCAGAUGCACGAAAGUAGGCGAAAACCGUUGGACGAUGGGCAAGAGGAAAAGGCCGGAUCUGUAAAUGAUCUUCUAGAUGAAGAGUAUGAUUUUAGCAGCGAUGACGUGGAGGAGUCCGAAAUCGAAACCAAUCAUAGCAAAGGAAUGGAUGCGCCCAAGCAAAGGCAUGAUGGCGUUAUGCAUGCGACGAACUGCAAUAAACAGUACAUAACAGCCAAAAAAGUCAAAAUGGAUUCGAAAACCGGCAAACAAAAGUACCUUUGCGAGGUGGAGGGAUGCGACAGACAGUUUAAAUCGAGUACGGCUUUUCAGUACCACCGCUUACAGCACACCGGCGUCCGACCGCACAAGUGCGGGUCGUGUGGAAAGUCUUUUUUCACGUGCAGCGCGCUAAAGGUACACGAACGGUUACACUCGGGCGAAAAGCCCUAUAAAUGUGACCAGUGCGGCCAUAGCUUCCGGCAAUGGGGCGAUCUCAAGUAUCACCGAAUUUCGAUACACACCGACGAGAAAAGCCACAAGUGCGAGUUUUGCGGCAAAGAGUUUUCCCGUCGUUAUUCGCUCGUGGUGCAUCGACGGAUUCACACCAAUGAGCGGAACUUUAUCUGCGAUUACUGCAACAAGGGUUUCCGGGCGAGCACUUACCUGCAGGCCCACCGGAAGAUACAUACGGGCGAAAAGCCUCACCAGUGCAAAGUUUGUGAUAAAAAGUUCCGCAGUCACGGCGACAUAAACAGGCACAUGAAAACGCACAGUCGUGCCAAGGGCCGUGGUAAGGCUCAAACAGCAGCGGAUACGGGCGGUGUCAUGCAGAAAAUUGCCUCCGCUUCCGAUGGCCAGCAACGUACGGGUGACUGUAAAACAAAUGUGAUUGACCUGACGAAGAGUAAGCCGAAAAGAGCACUAAAAGUCCGGGAAUCGAUCAUGAACCAUGUCGAGUAA